AUGACGGUAGAAACGACCUCCGAUAGCCAGAAUCUACUGAUGGAUGUAGAUACAAUGGAUUUCGUCAUGGAAGGGAAUACUGGGGAUACCUAUAGUGACGACGAAAACGAAACUUUUGAUUACGAUGAAGUUAUCGAUAGAGAUCCGAAGAGUGGCGCACCAGUGAUGUCCUUGAGUAAAAACAAUGCACCCUUACCAACAAACGGUAAGGGAAAGCUAAAAUACAAAUUAGGCCCGCUUUCGAGCCAAAACAUGGCUUAUCUAGAUGAAUCCAACCAAUAUCAAUUGCUCCCCGUGAAACUCGCCAGAGUCGACACUAGCGAAGAAUACGUGCAUUACGUGUCGAAACUCUUCGAGAUCUACCGCGAUUUAGGAUACGAUAGGGUGUAUUCUGUCCCCACGAUGGGUGUCAUCAACACAACGGCGACCAAGGAACACGCCGCGGCAGUUAACCUGGCCACAUCGGCUCUCGUCACAGAACUAGAUUUCUUCAUUGAUUCCAUAAAGGCCAAGAAAAAUGCGUUAACGAGAUUUUCCGAGUUAGAAGAGUGUCUUACGAUUUUAAAAUGCUUAAAAACCAUCCAUUUUACUUUGGAUACACCUGAAGAUGUCAGCGUUAGGGAGACGUUCAUCACGAAUUUAAUAAACUGGAUCAAUCGUUCCGAUGGGGAGCCCAAUGAAGAGUAUAUCGAACAGGUGUUCGAGCCCACGGCUGACGGUAAGAAAGUGUUCGAGACAUCGUUCUUUUGGAAGUUGUUGAACCAGCUGCUUCUCAGGGGACUGUUUGAUCAGGCUCUUGGUUGUUUAGACAGAUCGCAGAUUAUGGAGCAUUUGAACAGCCAGUGUGAAAUGUCUUCCAACGCCCUCCGUGAUCUUGUUGCGCUUUUGAAGCAGUACCCAAUGGAUUCUACGGACUCCUUCAGAGAGUGGAAAUCAUUGGCUUUGGAGCUAGCACAGACAUACAGUGGUUCGGAUACCUCUGUGUCAGGAGAACUACGUGAUUACAUCGAAGACACGCUUUUCCUCGUGGGUGGUCACCAGUCUAAAAUUUUGCAUUAUUCUACUACUUGGUACGAAUCCUUCUGCGCAUUGUUACUAUAUUAUAUCCCAUCGUUAGAGUUGUCGGAAGAAUACUUAGAGCUCAGUCUACAAAAUCAUCCCGUGGACGUCACUAGCGGUUGGGAACAAGCAUGCGUAGAUCUGAUAAGGGGCAGGAUCUAUUCGAUUCUACCCGUGUUGGAAUCCCUCGACACAUGCUCUGCUGCGUUUGCCGCUGCCUUGUGUGAGGCCAAGGGUCUAUUAGAAAGAAUCGUUGACGAUAUGGAGACGGACAGAGACGCCAGUUAUGAAGGGCUUGAAGAUCUCUUCUCCUACAGAAAUGGUAUGGCCUGUUACAUGCUGAACAAUUUUGCAUUUGAACUAUGUUCCCAAGGUGACAAAAGGCUAUGGCCUAUUGCCAUUGGUCUAAUUACUUUAUCGCCCGUAAACAGCACGAGCGCUAAAAAGAUGGCGAUUGCAGAAUUAUUACCGCACUAUCCAUUCAAGACGAACGAUGACAUCGAGUGGAUGUUAAGCAUAUUGGCCAAAUGGAAACUGCCGCAAGUGGCCAAGGCCGUGUAUGUUACGUUGGGUAACAAGCUACUUUACGAGAGUAAUACCAUCGAAGCUAUGGCAAAUUUCAGUAAGGCUGGUAAGUUUGAAUGGGUAAAAAGAUACUCUUGGAUAAUGUUUGAAGCUGCAGUAAUGCAAGGGACUCCACUGGACGAUGUGGUACUCAAUGCCAUCGUGGCUGACGAAGGAGACUCUAUUGUUCCAGAUGAAAUUUUAAGCAGUUUGGUGACAAGCGCUAUGAAGCAAACACUAUCGCCAUAUGCUGUACUCUACAGAUUUUAUCAAGCGCAAACUUCUAAUAAUUGGUCGGAAGCAUUAACUUUACUUUUAGCGCUUAUAGAGUUUCCCUACUUACCUAACUGCUAUUUGGUGAUGUUGAUGGCAAGAUUCAUGUAUCCAAUUUUCCUUGAAAAUGACUCAAGGCAUAUUGAUGAAUCGACUAUUCUACGUAUAAUGGAGUCACUCGAGAACAAAUGGGAUGAUACAGAUGCUAAAUCGAUAAACAUCUAUUCAACGAUGUUGGAAGAGGGAAUCAUCAGACAAAAUUCGAUUCCUCCGGAUCUAACAAGUUUCCUCAAACUAAUUAGACAAAAGCUGAACCUCAAACUUUGUCAAGAGUUUAUGUAA